AUGUGUGUUCAUCAUGCGGUCACAACACGCUUUCCUUCUGAGUGGACAGCAGAUCGCCACUCUCACGGACCCUCUCUUAUAAACCAAGGGAACUCAUCAGGUUUGCAUAUGGAUUCGUCGGUUGUGGGUUCAGACAAUCUCGUUGCCAGCCGACUCACCUCGAUUUCACACGAACGCCUGCUCAAUCGACUCGAUAGACCCCAAUCUUCCUCAUUCUUCCCACGCCAAGAAGGACACAUUUUCACCGCAGCAUCCGGACUCCACCGCCAUGCCACUUCAAGGAUAGACGAGGAACAGGAAGCCGUUUCCAGCACGAGUGAAAUAGAAGAUAUGUGUAUCGAUAAUUCGAGUGAAGACAGUCUUAACGGUGCACCGCAUUUAAAUGGGACUUCUGGUUUGGUGCAAUAUCCAAAUGCUGUCGGCUCCGCGCCCUCUCCUAAGGUGACUUCUAACAAUUCCCACUGUCGAUUACGUACCGCACUUCUCACAUCAUCCAAGCGGCUUACCUCUCAACCUGUCAUAGAUCGUCCCAGCGCAGAAAGCGCCGUCCAGAUUGACCAGACUAGCUCAGUUCCUGCACAUCGUCCAUCUCUAAUCGCUCCCAUCAUCAUCUCAGAAGAUCAAUCUUCCGCACUGGUAACGACAGCCGCGGUGGGACUGUCCGUACGUCAGCCACUGUGUCAAACGAGUGAAGCUUAUGUGCGCUCCUCCACAUUUGAAGAGGAAUCUACCUCUUUCAGGGAUCAAACUCGUCCACCUUCUGCCAAUGCUUCGGUUCGUGCACCUAUCGUGACGUCGGAGGCCAACUCGUUGACCCUUGCACGACCACCAUCGGCUUCAUUCUAUGUUCAUCGCCGAAUGUCCACUGACUCAAGCAUCAACUGCCGAUCCCUUUCAUCGCAGACCAAAUCCAUUAGCCAACCACAAUCCCCUGAGUUCCAUCCUCGACGUGCCUCACUCCCGGUCAGUCCCUGUCGACUCCCGAUGAAGAAACGCAAGCUGAACUGGAGUCAGUUGGACAGUGAUGCGCUCCUUUGUAGUCCCGCCACUCCCAGUGACCUCAACCAGUGCACGUCAUCAUCUUGUUCGUCGUUUGAUUUUUCCUUUUUAAACGUUCCAAAAUCCCCGGCUACUGCUGCCACUGUUGGCAACAUUUCGGACGUCACCUCCUCUCUUACCCCUUCGUUGCGGUCCUCACAGCCGUCACCCUACCUUUCUUUGCCAAGCCACAGUCCUCUCAUCAUUAACUGCUCUCCAGAUUAUCCAUCAUCCAGUCUAUCUCGGACAAACCACAGAAACAAUCCAAUCAUCGCAACUUCCAGCAUGCCUUCAACAAGUUCUUUUGAAGACCGGAGGCCUCGUAGCAUCCCAGCUCCGCUCACUUCUACCCAAAUAACAUCAGGAGGUCUAGCUGCUAAAAAGCUGGAAAAAAAUGAUGUUUCCAACUCCGCGAGUAACAUCUCGCAAGGUACCGGCACACUGCACAACCUCUUUGUGUCCACCCGAAGCCCAGUAGUGCGACCACCUACAAACACGAAGAACUGCGCAGAAUACUCUAAGCGGUCAUCACUGCUUAUACGCUCUCUACCGACAACCACGUCACACCCUACACAAGUGAAUCGGAUUAACGAUUGUUUGCAUUCGAUUGUUGCACCUUCCUCGGAGGAGGUGGCAAACUUGGUACGGUCUCAGUCAUCGUUUAUUGACAGCAUGAAGAGACGUCACUCGAUGGACUUUUCAAAAUCUUCGUCCUACCAACACCAACCAUACAACGGGUUUUCGUCUGCCAAACCUAACACUACUGCGGUUUCAAACCAACUCAACGGCCCCACGUCCGUGUUAAGUUCUGUUUUUAGUCCUUCAAACAAACACCCUGUGUUUGGUCGUACACGUUCGGUGAUGGCCAUUGACCAUAACCCUUCAAGUCUGGCGGCCGAACAGGCAAAUACUAACACGCAAGUUUCAUCAGCUAUCUCGGGCAACACAACGUGUACUACUGACCGUCCUGUGGCCAAACAACGGACCGGUUUCGAUUCUGUCCCAGAUUUGCCUCAGCUGAUGCGUCGUUGGCUGGAAAUGGCUGAGAAUACAACACCCUCUGAUGCAACCAGUUCCUGUGUAAAAUCCAGUGAGGAUCCUGUGAACUCGCCACUUUUGUGUGCUCCGUUGACUAACCAUAACACUAAGUUUGAACCAACCCUCGUGCUUUCUUCGAACCCCGAAUCCGAGCGCCAGGGUUUAUCGUCGACCGACACACCUCAUAAUGCACAAAUUAUAAUGAUGCUGUCACCGGCCGAUGUGACCCCCACACUGGACUCGUCUAAACUAACCGCUGCAGAUGAUGUCAUCAGUUUGGCCGAUCAGCGGAUAUCUAAACUUGACUCGGUCGUCCGUCUUGGUUCGAUGAAAUCCAGUUUUCCCCUGUUUCUCGUUUCCGCCUCUUCCUCGGCUGGAGCUGCCGCUCUUGCUGCAGCCACUGCCCGUGCGACCGGUGCUCCCCCUUCAAGUUUGGUCCCCGUCCCAGUACAGAUCUCCUACGUACCUACUUCGAGUAUUGCUGCCAAAACAGAUUCUUCUCAACAAACGGUCAGUCUGUUGAGUUCCAUCACCGCAUCUUCCAAGUGUGACGAUCGUUCACCUUUGGAACCACCGGAACAGCGUCAUUUGAUCUCUUUGAGUACCUCUGUGACUAACGGCAAGCGUGGCAAUGACCCUCAACCGCCGCAAUGCAAGACUCCCCUGUUAUAUGACGCCUCUUGUCUAAUCGGAUCGUUGGAUAACAAACUGCUUGACUCGUCCAAUAUCGAACUGGUUGUGGGGUCAAAAAAUACCGGUGGAAUCGCGUUGUCCUAUCCCCCAACCGCUGUCGCACACCCUAGUGCUUAAGAGAAGUGGAUUUUCCAAACUUACUCACCUGCUACUCAUAAUGGAGCUUGGUGGUAUCUGUUGUUGUUUUCGAAUAAUAUGCCCCGAAAUCCCGACAGGCGUACACAUCCAUAUGGAUUCGCACGCGUCUGGAAGAAUAACCAGUUCAUCUUUGUCAUUCUGGUUAUGGGUCGACAGCGCUCAGUUGUACUAGUAAUAUUACUCCUCUUUCGUUGUUUCAGUGAUCCGUCCCCACCCAGGAAGACUCUUCGUGCACCUUCCCUUACCAACCUCUUCUGGCACGCCGGCAUAUCGUAGCUUCUGGGUAGUCAUUUCCAGCUUACUAGGCUCUAUUCCACUCUCAGCCCAUCAUGUUUCCACUCUCCCUGUUGUCCUAUCAUGUUUUUUUAAAGAAACGUUUUCUUGAUGCAAUUGUGAUGUAGCCCGUUCCUCUGAUUUUCACAUUCGAAUCUUUGAUCGCUUUCCGGAAUCCUUAUUCGCCAACCUGAAAUGCGUAGGUCGCCAACCCGUCACCAGCUAAUUCGGAUUCCACUGGUGAACCGCGUCUUUUUGCAUUUUGCUAGACAUAAAAAUGGUCUCGUUAAACCGGUGUUGUUUCCGCCGCCGUCGUCUUUGAAUUGUUUUCUCUCUCUCUUUCUCCUACUCUUAGUGUCUUAGUUUUCGCUUUCAGUGAGACGGGCCCUAGCGAUCCCCCCUGCCCCUUUGCGCUCACUGGACAGUCAAUCGAUCAUCCAUCUGAAAGUUGUCCAAUCCCCGUGUUGCUUUGCGUGUAUGUAUGUGAGAGUAUACAUGUGUUUUCACCGCCGCCGCAGCUGCUGUUGUUUUUUCCCCGAGCACACCACAUUUUUAGGUCUAUUUUGACUUUCGCGCAUGGAAUUCCCCCAUAUUAGGCUCCAUUUGUUUGGUUGAGUUAACUACUAAUAUUAAUCAUAAUAUGCUGCUGAUGCACUUGUCGUUCCCCCAUUUUACAUUUCUUUUCUGUUUGUUUGUUUGUUUUUUCUCUCGUGUUGUUUGUUUGUGCCCUCUGCCAUUUUCAUCUCUUUUUCAAGCUUACUAUUAGAACCAUUGUUCUUUUUUCGGUGUGUUGGCAAGAAAGGUACCAUGGGCUGUUGACUUACUAAUUUCCAAACUCGAUUCCCUUUUUCCCCCUUUCUACGUUUAAAACCCCUCCCGCAAGUCGCCAAUACCCGAGACUGUCAUCUUUUGUCGUUGUCGUCUAUAUUUCUAAAAAUUAUACUUACAUUCUCUGGAGCGAAU